AUGACUGCGACAGGAACGAGCGUUUCGGUCCUCAAGUUUGUAGGCACCGUCUCGCUGGGCUUACUGACGGGUGUCUCUUAUUCUAUCACCUCUCUCGCCCUCCCCGUCCUGCUCCGACUUCCCUCUUCUAGCUCCGCUUCCCACGGUCUCACCUCUCUGAACGCUGUUCUCAAGACACCCAUCCUCGCCCUCACUUCUCUCGCCUCCGCGCCCUUCCUCAUCAGCUUUGCUCUCGCUCCUCGAUCGUCUCGCCACCCUUACCUUCUCUAUACAGGUCUCCUCGCCACCCUCUCAUCCGUCGCUCCCCUUCUCAUCCCCGCGCCUGCUACCCGACAUGUUGCAUCAUCGGCGCCUCGGCAAUCCUCAAGAGCUAAAAUGGAGGCUAGCUACGAGGUUUUAGGCGACGCUCACAGCGAGCCUGCCAGUGAGGAAGAUAUUGAUAUCAACGGCGAGGGGGUGAGAGUGGAGGUGGAGGGCCUCGUCCAGAGCUACAUCGCAAGAACAGCCUUCUCUGCUCUGGGGUUCACCAUGGCAGUUAUUGGAAUCUGGGGUGAUGGUGCACCUCAGGCAAUUGUCUAUGUCUCAUAG